AUGCACGCGCACACCUGGUUGGUUCCACUGUGCUCUACCCUCCACCCACUUCCCUCCCAUUCCCCCCUUCCCCUCCUCCCCCCCCCUCCUCACCCUCCUUUUUCCCCACACGAACAGUGCACACAGCAGCAUGCAGUGAACCCCAACACAAACCCAUGCCAGCACUACAACCCCACCACAACCACACCCCACCCAACACUCCCCACCCAACACACCCCACCUCCCCCCUCCACCCAGACUCAACCCCUCCCUUUUUCCUCCCCAUCCCCCUCCCUCCAACCCCCUCUCCUCGCCCCCACUCUCCCUUUCUCCCCCCUUCCUCCCCCACUCCCCCCUCCCACCCCCUCUCCCCCCUACGUUUUUCUGCUCACCCGCCAGGCACAGGCACUGCUGGAAGCGGGGCGGUGUGGGGAGGCGGUGGGGGAGCUACAGGCAGUGGUGGCGGCGCAGGGGCAGUACUGGCAGGUGCGCGUGGUGCUGGGGCAGGCGCUCAUGGUGGCGGGGCACGCCCAGGAGGCCGAUGCUGCUCUGCAGGCUGUCCUGGCCAUGGAUGCACGUGGGCAGGGAGAGGGGUGCUGGAUGGGGGAAUAUGGAGAGGGGGGAGGGGAGAGGAGGGGGGGAUUGGGUGGACUUUUUGGGGACAGUGGUGGGGAGGAGGGGGUGGUGGGGAGAGGGAGUGUGGGAGAGCGAAGGGAUAUCCAGGUGCUCAACGUGGAGGUGCAGCGCAUAUACGCCAACUUCCACUUCUCCAUGGGCCACCACCACACCGUUCUAUCCACAGCACAACACGUCCUCAGCAUCACACCAUCAGACGUCGAAAUGCGCUUCCUGGAAGCUUCUUGCCUGCACGCCAUGGGCCGAUGGGCUGAAGCAGUGAGUGCCCCCCUCACUCUCACACCUCUCACACCUCCCCACCUUGUGGAAUCCCUCCCUACCAGUCAGCACCUUGCUGCUCCUUGCAGCCAUUCGUGCACUCCUGGAUUUGCCAUGCCAUCCUGCGGCCCUCGCCCACCGCACUCCCCUCACAUUUCCCUCUCCCCACACUGUCCGCCUGCCUGUGCUGCCAUGGCAUGGCAUGGCAUGGCAUGGCAGGUGCGCAAGUACAAUGACCUCAUGAGCCUCACCCCACCACUCGGCACCGACCCUGGCAGGCUCUACCAGGCCUUCUACCAGAGGGAGAUAGCGCUGUACAUGGCAGCACGGCAGAGCAAGCCCCUCACUCUCUUCCGACCUUUGGACCACCUUGGACCUCUCUUCAACGUGAGGCCACUGCUCAUCCCACUGCUCAUCCCACUGCUCAUCCCACUGCUCAUCCCACUGCUCAUCCCACUACUCAUUUCCACUGCUCAUCCCACUGCUCAUCCCACUGCUCAUGCCACUGCUGCCACUGCUCAUGCCACUGCUGCUUGCAACAUUACACUUGCUGUUUGUUACUCCCCCCAUUCCCCUCAUCCCCUCUUCCCCUCUUCCCCCACACCUCACCCCCUCUCCCCUUUACCCCCUCACUCGUUCUCCCCAUCCCUUCCCCACACACCACCACCACCACACCACCACCACCACCACCACCACCACCCACACAGGAAGCAUGGAGCAAGCGCCUGCCUCCCUCUGUGCUCUCUCCUGGCUACGAGCUCCAAUAGGAAGGGCACACACAUGGUGGCACAAAAGGGGUUUCAAGACGAAGCAUGGAGCAAGCGCAUGCCGCCCUCCGUGCUCUUCCCCGGCUACGAGCUCCAGAAGGAAGGGCGCGCACAUGGUGGCACAAAAAGGGCAGGCACAGGAGGGGAGGAUGAUGCGGUGCUGCCGCCCGCUGUGCUGCAGCUGGUGGGGGCGGCUGAGAAGCUGGGCGCACUCACAGCGUACGACUGGCACGGAUUUCUGCCCAACAUGCGCCAGUACCGCAUGGCAGGGCUGGCAAUGAUGGACCUUCGAGACCUGGUGCGCCGCACAUGGGCGGCCAUGGCGGAGGAGAGAGCCAGCGCGGUGGAGAGCGGUGCGAGUGGGCAACCGGCAGAGGGCAAGCGGGGUUCAGGAGGAAAAAGAGGGCAGCGGCGGCAGCAGCGAGAGCAGCAGCAGGAGGAGGAGGGGGGAGGGGAGGAGAGGAAGGGAGGGGAGGGGAGGGGCGAGGGGGCACGGGGGCAGAGAGGGCGGAGGAGGCGGGGGGAGACGGUGGCGGGGUGGCGUGACGUGUAUGACCGUGUGGUGCGGUGGCGACAGCUGGCAGAGCCAAGCACGGCUGUGGUGUGGAUGGAUCGACUCAGGUGGGGAGGGGUGGAGAGCAGGGAGGGCAGGGAGGGCGGGGAGGGCAGGGAGGGCAGGGAGGGCGGGGAGGGCAGGAAGGACGGGGAGGGCAGGAAGGAUGGGGAAUGUUGCAUGGUUCUCAUUGAGAGCGAGCAGCAUGCAACACUGGACACGCCACUCAUGAACGGGCAGUCCAUCAACGCACGCUACUCGCCCUACUACAACCGUCUCUACUUUCCCUUUCCUUCCCUCUCCCCCUUUCCCUUUUUUUUCCCACCUUUUUCCCCACCUCCCCCUUCCUCUUCCCCUUUUCCCCUCUCCUUUCAACUCCCGUUUUCCCUCUCGCUCCCCCCUCCACAUUCCCCUUCCCCUUCUCUCCCUGUUUUUCCCCUCCCUUUUUCCGGCUCCAUUUCCCUCCUCUUUGUCCCUUCCUCUUCCUCCUCCCACCACUCGCCAGCACACUUCAUCUACUGCACGCGCUCAUGCUGCAGAGGGCACCAUCAGCAGCAGACAGAAUGGAGCAGCCGCCGCCCCUCCUCUGCUCUAUCUUGCCUCUCCUCUGCUCUAUCUUGCCUCUCCUCUGCUCUAUCUCGCCUCUCCUCUGCUCUAUCUCGCCUCUCCUCUGCUCUAUCUCGCCUCUUCUCUGCUCUAUCUCGCCUCUCCUCUGCUCUAUCUCGCCUCUCCUCUGCUCUAUCUCGCCUCUCCUCUGCUCUAUCUCGCCUCUUCACUGCUUUAACUCGACCUCUCUGCGGCUCUUUCCUCUUCCUUUCCUCUUUUCGUUUGUCCCUCCCGUCCGUUCUGCUGGCAUAG